CGGCGAGAGCUCUGGCGGACGGGCGGCGAUGUCGACGGCGACGGUGCAGAUCUUCGUGAAGGGGUUGACGGGGCGCACCAGGACGCUGCGGGUGGAGCCGACGGACAUGGUGGAGAGCGUGAAGGCGAAGCUGGAGGGCAUCGAGGACGCCCCCGUGGGGCGGCAGCGGCUCAUCUUCGGGGGGCGGCAGCUCGAGGACGGCCGCACGCUGGCCUCCUACGGCAUCGGGAAGGAGGCGACGCUGCACCUCUGCCUCCGCCUCGGCGGCGGCAGCGGCGGCAAGAAGCGGAAGAAGAAGGCGUACGCGACGCCCAGGAAGGGGAGGCACGAGCAUCGCAGGGAGGAGCUCGCCGUGCUCGGCCACUACCGCGUCGACGACGCCACGGGGAAGGUGGAGGCGCUGCGCCGCCACUGCCCCAGCCCGGAGUGCGACGCCGCCGGCGCGUUCAUGGCGAAGCACGACGGCCGGUACACCUGCGGCAAGUGCCAGCUCACCGUUUUCGAAGAUGGGAGGUGAGAUUUGGUUCUGCAGCCAGAUGAACAGACGUUUUAGGCCCGACCAGCGGAAGAUUAAGGAGGAAGUCUCUGAAAACAAUGCGGUGUUGAAUCUUCCAAGUUCCAAGCUUAACCCAUGCAAGACGUCAAGUCAAGCUGGAUACUUGGAGUAAAAUUGUUGUGCUGUACUGGACCCGUAAGUUGGUUGACUUGAGUCUCGGAUAUUUGGCAGAUUACGGAGUUGUCUCUGGGCAGCUGCUGUCAGUCUGAUUUUUUUCCAAGCUUUUUCUCACGUAACUGGAAGUUUAGGCAAGUGUGGUUCCUAGUGAAGAGGAUAGCCUCUAGAAAAACCGACUAAUCACUUUGGUCGUAAGUAUUUAUGGAAUCUAAAUCCGUUUAUAUUAUAAGUAUUUCUUGUGUUCAAAUAUUACAUUGAAAUAUAAAUAUUUUUAU